AUCGGCGUAAGGAUCGCGAGACGGCGCGGCGGCGUGGCGUUCAACCACGUCCAACAUCCUUUCCGACGCUCUCGCGAUAGUCGCGAUUCCUGGCAUUCCGGGUGCGUCGUGGUACUUGUGCUCGUCGUCGUCGUCGUCGUUGUUGUCGAGGCUGUUCGGGGCAGAGGCCGUGGAGGAGGGACAUUGGCAGCACUGACGAUGCUCCUUUCCAGAUGGUAUCUCCGGUGACUAAUCGCGACUAGCGUGUGCAUACCACGAAGAGGAGUAGUGUUUUAAACGGCCCGUUUCGUGGAACGUGUGAAAUGAGCAUUCCUUGAGUCGCGACAAUCCAAGAAGUGAUCAGAAAGAAAUAAUACGAAGUAGAACUUGUCUUAAGAAACUACUAUGACAGAAUACAAGCUCGUGGUAGUUGGAGCUGGAGGUGUUGGAAAAUCAGCGCUCACCAUCCAGCUAAUACAGAAUCAUUUUGUCGACGAAUAUGACCCUACCAUCGAGGACUCAUAUCGAAAACAAGUGGUGAUCGAUGGUGAAACGUGCCUUCUAGAUAUAUUAGACACAGCUGGACAAGAGGAAUAUAGUGCAAUGAGAGAUCAGUAUAUGAGAACAGGAGAAGGUUUCUUAUUAGUGUUUGCCGUGAACUCUGCUAAAAGUUUUGAGGAUAUUGGAACGUAUAGGGAACAAAUAAAACGAGUAAAAGAUGCGGAAGAAGUGCCAAUGGUGUUAGUGGGAAAUAAGUGUGAUCUUCAGCAGGCUUGGGCAGUAAAUAUGACUCAAGCGAGAGAAGUCGCGCGACAAUAUGGAGUGCCAUUUGUAGAAACAUCUGCGAAAACGAGAAUGGGUGUAGACGAUGCAUUUUAUACCUUGGUCAGAGAAAUACGGAAAGAUAAAGAACGUACAGGUAAACCACCUGGAAGUAGUGGGCACAAGAAACGUCGAUGCUGUGUUUUAUAAGUCUUUGGAUAACACCAAUAUACUUUUACUUGACUACUACAACGCUGAAAUAGGAUAUGAAAAGCCUUACAUUAUGUUCACAGUGCACAAACAUUUACAGCUUAUUCUGUAGAAUAUUGUAAUGAAUUGCAAGCACAAUUUUUUCUAUACAUUGAGAGAGAACAAAUUACCUAAUAGUACAUUUUUACUAAUGGGCUUAUGUUGCAUAUGAGAAACGUUUACUUGGCAGCUUGCCAUGCAAUUCCAUUACUGAAGCGUCUAACCCUUGAUUGAAUGAAAAAAAUGAUGCUGCUUUUUUUAAUUACAUAUAUUUAAUGUUGGCACAAAAAGACAUUGAAUUUUAUAUAUGUAUAUGCUUUUAUAAUUGCCAAAUUACAAUUAAUUUGCAAUGUUGCAUAUAAUUUUACUCUUAUUUUUGCAUUGACAUUAGGUCCUGUCGUCUCUAUAAUGCAAAAAAAUAAUUACAAAAUAAACUAAAUAACACAAUUUAUAUAACAUGUGGCAUAAAAUGUGACAUGUAUAUAUUGCAAGUGUUUUUAUUUUAUAGAUAUUUAAUUGACAUAUAUCAAUCACGUGUCGCACUAAUGGAUUUUAGUUAAACAGCAAUAUUUUAAUAUAUUAAUAAAAUAAAAUCUAAUCGAUGUACGAAUUAUUUUAUACUUGAAUUAAGUUUUGUAUUAUUGCCAUUUUAUAUAUAAAAUACUUGCCAAAUAACUAAAAUUAUCAUUCUAAAGGAAAAACUUUGAAUCACAGAAAUGAUAUCACAAACUUAAUUCAUUAUGUGCUGUGAUUAGAUAUUCUUAAGUGCAUCAAGUUAAUUAAGUGUACUGUGAUUAAGUCUGCAAUUUAAAAAAAAAUAGGACUUUAUUUGAUAAUUAUAUAUAGGGUUUGGCACAGGAGGGGAGGAAGGAGAGUACGGCAUAACUGUAUUCUCUAGCUAAGCAAUUAAAUUUUUUUUGUACAAUUUGGAAAUAGACAUGAAUCAAAUAAUGAGUAUUGUAAUUAUACCAAAAUAAACUUGCAUGCCGACUAAAUUUGGAUAGGAAAAACAUCGUUUUCCUGUAUUAACUACACUUUUCAUGCUACUAACAGAUUAUUAACCAAAGGCUUAAUAUUUAACUAUACAUUUAUUAUAUAAGAAUAGUGAAUUUAUUACAAGAAAGCUAUAUUUCUGCUAAUAUAUGUUUAUAAAUUUAUCUUUCUCUACAGUUUGUAUAAGGAUUUAUGAAGUAUACUUAAAACUGUUAUCUCUUCUCUCCUAAACUUUAAGAAGAAGCGUAAACUAGAUACUGUUAUUAUAAGCAUUAUAAAGAAUUAAAAUAGUAACAA